GAUGUGUGUAAACGUCACGCGUUGUUUUUCUCUCUUUAUACUUCAGUCAUUCUGAAAGCGGUGUUAUUUUGUGGCGACCCGCCGCCGGAAGCUCAUUCACUCAGCGCAACUCUUACUCCGCGUUAGUUUUGUUGGAUUUAUUAAAAAAUAUAUAUAUUAUUUUUUUUAACUCUAGUUUUUGUUUCUGUCUUAAACAAGUUGCAGAAAGUGAGUCGGAGUAUUUGUAUUAUUAUUAUUUUUUUUUUGAAGCGCCAGGAUGGCGAGUCCGCCACUAACGGGAGGGACCUCGUUAUCAAACGUCAACAUGUAUUCAAACAACGUCAAGAAAAGUGGAUACCUUAAAAAACAGAAGCACGGACACCGGAGGUUUUUUGUUUUGAAAGAGCAGAGUGACUGCUUGCCAGCGCGGUUGGAGUAUUAUGAGAGCGAGAAGAAAUGGAAAAACAAAUCAGCUGCGAAAAGAGUCGUCUCUCUUGACUCGUGUUUGAGCAUAAACAAGCGCGCAGACGCGAAACACAGGUACUUGAUCGCUCUGUAUACCAAGGACGAAUAUUUUGCUGUAGCUGCUGAAAACGAAAGCGAACAGGAGAGCUGGUACAGGGACCUCACCAAUUUAAUGAAUGAGGGAAAAGUGUAUGACAGCGCAGUGACCAACUCGGCGUCCUCUUUAGUGGGCUUUGACGAGGGUAAUUACGGUAUGAUUACUCCAGUGAACGCCGCUUACAAAGAGGUAUGGCAGGUGAAUUUGAAAUCUAAAGGACUUGGACAGACUAGAAACAUCACGGGAGUUUACAGGUUGUGUUUGUCAAGUCGGUCAAUUAGCUUUGUGAAACUGAACACUGAAGUUCCAUCUGUCAGCCUGCAGCUAAUGAACAUAAGGCGAUGUGGUCAUUCUGACAGCUUUUUCUUCAUCGAGGUGGGCAGGUCUGCUUCUACUGGCCCCGGGGAGCUUUGGAUGCAGGCGGAUGACUCUGUAGUGGCACAGAACAUACAUGAGACAAUUUUAGAGGCUAUGAAAGCAAUGAAAGAAUCGUCAGAGUUCAGACCGCGCAGCAAAAGCCAGUCUUCAGGCUCCAACCCCAUAUCUGUACCCACUCGGAGGAACUUGAACAAUUUGCCUCCCAGUCAGACAGGGUUGGUAAGGAGGUCAAGGACAGACAGUGUGGCAGCAACGUCGCCUAUCAACAAGUUUACUUCCUGUCGGAUACGUACAGCCAGUGAGGGCGAAGGCACCAUGGCGAGGCCAGUAUCCAUGUCGGUAUCGGAAAACGGAAGCCCCACUGUCCGGAACCACAUGAGUAGGUCCAACACUGUUUCCGUGGGAUGCCGUACAUUCGAAGCAUCACUUCUACAUCACAACCGAUCCAUGUCUAUGUCUGUGCCUGUAUCUCAUUCACGUUCAUCUCCAAUAAGCCCACUGAGCCUCUCCUCUACUAGCGUGAAUGGCUCUACCUCCACCUCAGCAGUACAUAAACCUUCAAGUUGCAGUGGCUCUGUCUCAGGGUCACCCAGCGACACUGGCUUCCUGUCAUGUGAUGAGUACGGGUCCAGCCCAGGGGAUGCAAAAUACAAUGCAUCCAACCGGAGCAAUACACCUUCAUCCUUUUCUGGGACGCCCCCUUCCCGUGAAAGCACAGAUAUCCACGGUUACACGAUGAUGGAGAGUCCAUCAAGCCACUCCUUGAAUAAGGUCCAGGCCUCCAGCAGAGAGAAGUUGGACUUGGAGAAGCUAUACAGGAAGAGAACAUACUCCCUUACAGCACCACAACAACCUAAGACCCCCUCUCAGCAGUCAUCAGCCUCACUUGAUGAAUAUAUGUUGAUGUGGGCGGUUUACGCUAAUGGCCACACUGGGCAGAGCACACACACCGUUUCUCCAAAGGUUUCAUACCCUGAGGAUUAUGGGGACCUUGAAAUUGGCUCCAGCAGGGGUUCUGUCAGUAACCAAGGUGAUGAUGGCUACAUGCCCAUGACACCAGGUGGGGCACUACAGGGCAGCAAAAAUGACCACUAUGUGCCCAUGAGCCCCAUGUGUGUCUCGGCCCCCAAGCAGAUCAUCAAUCCUAGGUCCCACCCUCAGACUACUGGUAGGCAAGGCACAAUUAAUUCUCCCAGUACUGGUUCACUAGAGGACAAUGGUUACAUGAGGAUGUGGUCUGGCUCCAAAUCCUCACUGGACAGUACUGAUGCCAGAGUGACAAAUGGGGAGUAUAUGAACAUGUCGCCUGUUGAUCUGCAUGUCUCAGCAACUCCACCAGAUUAUUUUCUUGGAGGGUGUGCGCCAGCACAGCGACCCUCUUCCUUGCUAAAUUUGAACAAACAUGAAGGUCCUAAAAGAGAAGAGGACCAGUAUGUUUUAAUGUGCCCUCAGGGGCAUAAGCGAGGAGAGGAGACAAACUGCAAUGCCAUGUUUAUGGCAAACCCUGGGCUAUCGUUUUCCAGCCCAUCCACUCUUCUCCCACUCAGGCAUAGUCGGAAUGAUGGACUGUUGCACCGAGCACGAGUCAGCAGACAGAACAGAUUAUCUCUGGAUACUCUAAGGAUGCUCCCAAGAAUGAACGAACAUCCCCUCCCCAGUGAGCCAAAAAGCCCAGGGGAGUAUAUCAAUAUAGACUUCAGUGACACUGCACGGUACUCCUUGCCCUCUGGAUCAGUGGAGAGCCAGGCUUCAUCACCUAGCCUUGGCAGCAUAAGAAGAAGAUCCCCACUUUGUGACUACAUGAACCUUGACCUAAACUCACAUUCCCCAAAAUCAGAAGAAACCCUUGCUAGUUCCUUACAUGAUAUCCCGGAGCUCACCAACUGUCCAUGCUCAUCUGACGAUGGAACGUAUGUCCCUGAUGAGCAGAACUCCUCCUGUUCACCCAGCACAAGGAAAGAUGAUUAUGCUGAGAUGAAGUUUGAUAAUGCCACCUCCAUCAUCACGGAGAAUGAUGAAACUGAUAUGGCUAGCCCCACUAACAGGGUACAGCGACUUAUUCUGAGUGACAAGAGCAUGCCAGGAAUAGGAGCAUUCCUCUUACCCAACUCCACAGUCGACCCUGAUGGAGAGGCAAAGGUGAUCCGAGCUGACCCACGCGGUCGAAGACGGCACAGCUCGGAGACCUUCUCGUCCACCACCACUGUAAUGCCAGUGUUUCCUUCUUUCGCCCACAGUUGCAAGCGGCAUAGUUCUGCCUCUGUCGAGAAUGUCUCGGUCCGGAGCAGCGAGGGUUCUGAUGAGGAAUGCGGCAGUCCCAUGUGCAAAGAGACUUCUGCUGGGUUCCAGGAUGGUCUGAAUUACAUCGCCUUAAACCUCAUGGAAAAUAGAGAGUUUGGGAACUGUGAAAACAUGAUGGGAUUCAAACCUAUCGGUUGCUACAAAGGAGGGCUAAAUGGUCUACACGACAGCCCAUAUGUUUCGCUGGGAUUCAAGGAGACAGUGACCACUGUAAAAGAUUGAUUGUUGCACGGAUCAUGGUGGUAGCGUAUGUCCGUGACCAGAGGCGGUGGCCGCCGCAGCUGUGACUUUGCUGCUGUAGAUGAACUUUGACCUUCGACCCUCACUCUGCGUUCUUGACAGAUUAAUGUUGAUCUUAUCCAGGCUGGACACUUUAAAUGUGGCCAUCUCUGCAAGCAUGGAAACCACGAUCCGCUCUGUCCUUCAGGAAUUGCAAAUUGCUGCUCUGUAGGUGACAAUGGUCACAUACUUGUGUUGUGUAUGUAUAGAUUAUUUUUAUUGUUGUUAACACUAAUCGUACUCGGUUGGCCCAGGAGGAACGUAUAGAAUACAGCUCGUCACUCAUACCCCAAAAAAACCACACCCAGAAUGUCUAAUAUUUACUUACUAUACACACAAACGUCUACAAAGGUACAUAUUUAAUGAUUUAUUUAUUUUUAGUAUAAUGACUAACAUUUAUGACAUUUACUGAUUAACAACAAAGACCCAGGAGACCGCUACAUGUCCUACCUCAGGAAAAGAGUCUAUUGUGGGUGUACAAAAUUCAGAUAUAAUGCCGAUAUUUAUGUUUAUGAUUUUUUUUUCUUUACAUUACCAAUCCAAAGCCUUACUGUUUCAUUGAUAUAGAAUUUGCUCUAAUAUACUAAUUAGGACCUAUGUAAUAAGAUCUAAAAAUGUAAAUGAUAUCGAACAUAUUUUUAUAUAGAUGCUUAUUUAAUCUCACCUUGACUAAGGAAAGAGGCCACUUUAUAAUAUAAUUUGGAAAUAUGUCUGAAAUAUGCAAGUCGAACCACUCAAUCACAUGGUUGUUGCACAUGACAAUUGCCUAUCUUCAGAAAGAUUAACACAGGAAAAAGUAUUAUUUUUAUGACCAAUUACAUAAAAUAUAUGUGAAUAUAUCGUUAUAUAUAAUGUAUCGCUUGGUAAAGCCAUACAUAUGUGCCCUAUUAUAAUGUCUCCCUUUUUGGACAUCGCACCACAAUUGCCACACUGUAUACCUCCACUUACCUUCUGUCACUAGUGAUAUUAGAGGUGGUGAACAUGGUUGUGUUUAAUUUAUUGACAAGACUAAGCAGUGAAGUACAUUGUGUGUUUAGUAACUGGUAGAAACACAGGCACUUCACAGUGAGUUGCCAGUUGCUGACAGCCGAGACUGUGAUGUCAAGCAGCUCCAGAUUGUAAUACAUGACACUUUUGAAUGUAGUGCAUGUAACUCAUUUAAGAUGUGUGAGAGGGAGAAGUAAACCAAAAUAACCUUUUCUUCAAUUCUUUACCCCUGUAAAAUUGUGCAAACUGUGCACAAAGCUGUUAUUAAACAAGCUUUUUUUUUUUUUUUUUUAAAUAAAUGGCCAAGCAAAAUAACUAAACACAGAGAAUAUUAAAUGGUUAACAAUUUGCACAGAUGAAGUGCUUAUUCUUUCAGCUAAUAUAUACCAUACUAUGGAUUUUUUAACUAUAGGAUUUCACAAAGAGAUACACAAAAAGGCACUUUAUUAAGUAAUUCUGUUAACAAAACAAAACAAAACAAAAAAAACAUACACACAAAAACAACAACUGCUAUUUGAUUCUAGGGCAAAUCCUGUUUGCCAUCUGUCCACCCUCUUUAUAUGCAAUAUUUACACACAAAAAAAAGGAUAAAUUAGUUUACAAAGUGGAACCAAAUGUGUAAAGACUCUUAAUGUAUUUGUUGAAAGAUUUUACACAGAGAUUGACUAUAUGCUGUUUGUACUUUUCUUUCUGCCAACUUUAUUGAACUUUAAAUUCAACAGUAUUCCUGGAGUAUAAUAUAGUAAAACAUUUGAUUGAA